CAACUUCCGCAUAUUGAGCCACACGUGUGCGUCUCCCAAGCAGAACCCUCUUCAGUACUCCAUGUGUAGUUGGGAAGCUAGCACUAGUAGCAACGACGUGGAUCGGGACCGGGAAUUAAAGAAACGACACGACGAGGUUCUGAGAAAGUUGGACGUUGACUUAUAUUUGUAUUCGAUGAGGUGGGGAAACGAUUAGAAUUCACGUUUAGUAGCUCUCGGGUUCAGCUGUUGUCGUCCCACCUUCGUGUUUUUUAUAAAUAUAGAUUUGAAUCCCAAAACCUGUUGAAAUUGCUUGAAAUAUACAUUACUGUUGGAUUAACCAAUCUGAAGGGCAGCCAGAUUGGUGCGAAACCAUGUUGGCGGAUUUGGAUCUGAUCGGAACCAUUCUUGAUGAGGAUGAAGUGCCCGAGGAACCCGAUACAGAAUCUGAAGACGAGACGGAGCAGCCCAUUGUCCUGGCACAGAAACGGCAAGCCCUUCGAAAGCACGGCCAGGGGGACUUCAGCGCCGACUUUGAGUUCGGGGAGCGGGAUGGCCUGUACAGCGAGGACUGGGCUAUGGCAGACGUCAUGGCGCAGCUGAAGAAGAGGAAAGCUCCUACGACCUUGGAUGAGAAGAUUGAGAAAGUCCGUAAGAAACGGCGAACCGAGGAGAAAGCAGUGAAGGAAGAGAAAGAAGAUGGUGAGGAGUCUGAGGCCAAGCAAGAAGGAGAAAGUCAGGAGCAAGAGACAGACGAUGAUGAUGAGGAGGAGGCGGAGGGAGAGGAGGAGGGAGCCAGCAAUGACAGUGAAAUCGAGGAAGAAUUUUCUUCAGCUGAUGAAGAGGUCUUGACCAAAGCCGACACCCUGAGAGAGAAGGACCGUCGGAAAAAGAAGAAGAAGGAUGGAGAAGAGCCUCCUGAGGCCUUCUUUGAGGAUGCUUCACAGUACGACGAGAGCCUGACCUUCCAGGAGAUGAACUUGUCCAGGCCACUGCUCAAGGCUGUCACUGCAAUGGGGUUUAAGCAGCCCACUCCCAUUCAGAAAGCCUGUGUGCCUGUGGGCCUCCUGGGCAAGGAUAUCUGUGCCUGCGCAGCCACCGGGACAGGUAAGACGGCUGCCUUCAUGCUGCCAGUCCUGGAGCGGCUGAUCUACAAGCCCCGCCAGACACAGGUGACCCGGGUGCUGGUCCUGGUGCCAACCCGUGAGCUGGGCAUCCAGGUGCACUCAGUCGCCCGCCAACUGGCACAGUUCACCAGCGUCACCACCUGCCUGGCAGUGGGUGGUCUGGACCUGAAGUCCCAGGAGGCCGCGCUGCGGGCUGGACCAGACGUGCUGAUCGCCACACCCGGGCGUCUGAUUGACCACCUGCACAACACGCCCAGCUUCGAGCUGAGCCACAUUGAGAUCCUCAUCCUGGACGAGGCUGACCGGAUGCUGGACGAGUAUUUCGAGGAGCAGAUGAAGGAGAUCAUCAGGCUGUGUGCUUACCAGCGCCAGACCAUGCUGUUCUCUGCGACCAUGAGCGAAGAGGUCAAGGACUUGGCUUCAGUGUCUCUCAAGCAGCCAGUGAGGAUCUUUGUGAACAGCAACACGGAUGUGGCCCCCUACCUGCGGCAGGAGUUUGUGCGGAUCAGACCGGCCCGUGAGGGGGACAGAGAGGCCGUCGUGUGUGCCUUGCUGACCCGGACGUUCCAGGACCACGUGAUGCUCUUCAUCCAGACCAAGAAGCAGGCCCACCGCAUGCACAUCCUGCUGGGGCUGAUGGGGCUGAAGGUGGGGGAGCUGCAUGGGAACCUGUCGCAAACCCAGAGGCUGGAGGCCCUGCGACGCUUUAAAGAUGAGCAGAUUGACAUCCUGGUGGCCACAGAUGUAGCAGCCAGAGGGCUGGACAUCGAUGGGGUGAAGACGGUGAUCAACUUCACCAUGCCCAACACCGUCAAGCACUACGUGCACAGGGUGGGGCGCACGGCCCGCGCGGGCAAGACGGGGCGCUCCGUCUCGCUGGUGGGGGAGACGGAGAGAAAGAUGCUGAAGGAGAUCGUCAAGAAAGCCAAGGCCCCCGUCAAAGCCCGGGUGGUGCCACAGGAGGUGAUAAUUAAAUUCCGCGACCGGAUCGAGAAGCUGGAGAAAGACAUUUACUCAGUAAUGCAACUGGAAAAAGAAGAGCGCGAGAUGAUCAAGUCGGAGGCUCAGAUCAGUUCAGCUCAGAAGCGUCUGACCCAGGCCAGCGAGGAGACACAGCCACAGAGGACGUGGUUUCAGACCCAUGAGGAGCGCAAGAAGGAGCGAAUGACAAAAGUCCUACAGGAAUUCGAUUUAGCUUUGAGAAGCAAGAAGAAGAGACAGAAGUUCGUCAAGGAGAGCAAGAAGAAAGAAUUGACAGCAGAAGACAGAGCCCAGUUUGAGAUACUGAAAGCGCAGAUGUAUGCAGAGAGGGUGGCCAAACGAGAUCGCAAGCCCAAACGAGCUAGGGCCAUUCUUGAAGAUGAGCCAGUGCAAAAUGAGAAGCAGAAGACCCGCCAGUCUGGGAAGAAGUCUGUGUUUGACAAGGAGCUGACUAACACAAGCAAGAAGGCUCUGAAACAAUACCGUGCGGGGCCCUCCUUUGAAGACAGGAAGAGGCUGGGCCUGCCCUCCCACAAGAAGGGAGGUCGCUUCAAAUCCAAAGCCAAGUACCGACGGAAAUGAAGAAGUGAUGCUUUGACCGUGAAGAAGAGUCUCAGAGUGAAGAAAGAAAAGUGUUUUUCAGUGGUGGACAAUAAGACCUGAGAAAAUCCUUAAAAUCAUGGACAUUAUAUCUGCAGUUCCUUGGUCUGCAGGCGACUAAGUGUGGCCGCCAAUUCACAGUUAAUCCACUGCCAUCUAGACUCACAACUGAGGUUUGAGGCAGUUCUCGCCAUGAAAGACCCACAGUUAAAUAAAUGUUUUCAGAAAAGUUAA